UAAGCUGGGGGAGACUGAACCGCAUACGGCUGGCAUAGGAGGGAGUCAGUGGCAAACGAGCGCGUUUGUCCAGGCCGUGUCUCAGAGCCUCCGCAGCGCGGACGCGGCUCCAGGUGGCACCGGCUGCUGCUGGAAAGGGCCAAGCACCGGAGCAAGGAGAUCAGCCGUGGCCUGAUGGUCGGGAAGGGCAGGAGGGCUGCUGGCCUGACUUGGUACUUGUCAGAUAAAUCUGUUUCCACGGCAGACUUCAGGCGUGUCUGUGCAGGGCCGCUGCAGCUGCUGUGAAGUGCACUGUCCUUGCUAACAGCACAGAGAGCUAAAGGCACCGGCUGUGUGCUCUGCUUGGCACAGGAUGCCUUUGUACAGCCCCAAGUGGGGAGAACUCCCUCCCUGGCUGGGAAAACACUGCUCUAGUGCUCCUCCCUGCUCCUGCAGCAGGUCACAGAGAACCAAACACUUCUCAGGGAAAAGAUUUUAAAGCCAACCUAGAAGCAAAAAAGCAGCUUGUGUGUACGAGUUAUAUUUCUGUGAGUUCCCUCAGUAAAGGCACGUGGUGGCUGGGCAGUCAGGGCAGAUUUGGGCUUUGGGCUCUGCCUGGGGCAGUUUGGCCCAGCAGAAUUCAUCCUCCCCCUGCACUGGUGCCGAUGUGUCUCCCUGGAGCACUGGCAGCUCGCUGAGCCUCACAAGCCCACUUUCCUUACUUGUGCAACUGGUUAUCAUGGUUUACAGUGUCCUGCUCCUCCUCCCCGCUGCCAGAGAAGCUUUUUGGCUGGCUGGCUGGCAGGGAUCACAAGUGCCUGCACCAAGGUGUGCUGCACAAGACAUCACAGGCUGGGCACCUGCUCUGGCUGCAGAGCUGAAACCUGCUGUGCCCCCUACUCCUUCAUAAGGAUUUAACCCUCCUCCUCUGGCCCUCUGUGCAGGUGUGUAUGCUUUGCUCAGUAGGAUAUCACCUGUUCUGCUGUCACCGCUCCGAGAAGACGAGCCGGCGCUGGAUGGCACUGGAUUACGCGGGAAUUUCCAUCGGGAUCCUGGGCUGCUACGUGUCAGGCGUGUUCUAUGCCUUCUACUGUAGUAACUACUGGCGCCAGGUGUACUUGAUCACUGUGCUGGCCAUGAUCCUGGCAGUGUUUUUUGCUCAGAUCCACCCCAGUUACCUCACACAGCAGUGGCACAGGCUGCGCUCCGUCAUCUUUUGCUCCGUGUCUGGCUAUGGAAUCAUUCCCACCCUCCACUGGGUUUGGCUCAAUGGUGGCGUCGGUGCAUCCAUUGUACAGGAGUUUGCUCCGCGGGUAUUUGUCAUGUACUUCAUCGCUGCUGUAGCUUUUCUCUUCUAUAUUUCCAAAGUUCCAGAAAGAUACUUUCCAGGCCAGCUGAACUACCUCGGCUCCAGCCACCAAGUGUGGCACAUCCUGGCAGUGGUGAUGCUCUACUGGUGGCACCAGUCCACGGUGUACAUCAUGCAGUACCGACACAGCAAGCCCUGCCCUGAGUACAGCGCGGACUUGUGAGCCAAGAGGCAGCAUCGGAGGAUUUGUGACUCUGAGGGUCUGGACCUCAUGUGAUGAGCUGCGCUGUCAAGGACUGAGGCAGUUCCUCUCCUGACUCCUGGAAUGUCACCCCCUUGCUGGGACAAAGCGUUCCUGCAAGCUUUGAUAAACACAGCAGCACUGCCUGGGAUCUGAGGGGCAUUUCCUUCUCAGGCAGUUCCUACUCUGCAGUCAAGCACCAAACAGCUCUCGCUGGAGCGGGACAGCAGGAGGCUGAACUAACCUGGCAUGCAGAUCCCAGCGGGAUGUUUUGUUGCCUGGCAAACACAAACGGCUCAGCCAGGGGUGCUCGGGCCUGGACACCAGGUUUUCAGGUGGUGUGCACUGUUAGGAGAACACUUCUGACAGCGUGCCUGUGAAACUGUAGCAACUGUGGGAGCCAGUCUUGGAUCCAAACCACAGCCCUGUGGGCUGUGCAUCCUUCAGCCUUUGUGUGGAAGAUGUGCUUAUGCUUCAGCGCUGGCACAGGAACGCGUGAACUGGAACGCAGCGGAUUGAAGUCCUGCUCUGGAUGAGCUCUUUCCACUCCCUGGGAGAUAAGAUCACAUGACAUCCAGCACACCUAGAUCUUCACUGCAGGUCUUUAAAACAGCCUCCCCCAAAGGGGGUCGUGCCAUUGCUUGGAGAUAUUUCUAUAAAUCCCAUCAGUUAUAUGGAAUCGGUAUUCCAGAAUAUUCUAGGAGUAGCACUAAGCCUGCGUGUCCACGUUUGUUGCUGUUUCACAAUCAGUGAACCUGCUGGGGAUGCAGAUUGCUGACCUUUGGCCUGUCCAUGUGUGCAGAAUGAUACUGCACUCGCAGACACCGCUGUCCAAAAGGACCUGCUGCCACCAUCCUGCCACAGUGCCAAGGGUGUCUGGAAUUUGAGGAUGUGCUGUGGAAUCAUCUCUUACAAAACCAACACCGAGGAGCCAUGAAAUACACUGGCCAUUGCGCAGCUGCAGCCCAGCACAAUUAAGCUCCAGGGGUGCCAGUCUUCCAAACAGCAUUGAAAUCCUUUGGACUUCGGGGCUAGAGGCAAGGAUGCUGUUGGGACUAAUCCUGAGUGGCUGUGUCCUUGUGGAGAGGGCUUCCCUGUAAUCCACCGGGAGAGGCUGGCUCCGUGCAGGGACUUCCUCAGGGCAGGCAGGCUCUGCUAGUUGCCCAAAGCUGCCUCUCCCUGGGCUAAGGCAGAGGAGCAGGACUUGUUCUUCUGUCAGGAUGUGCCAAGGUGACCUGGAGUGGAGGUGGAGGCUUACAGAGAGGCACCUGAACUCCCAGGGCAUGGAGAAGGCAGCAUACGAACUCCUCCUGAUGUGCUGGGCAGGGAUGCUGUCUGUUUAGCUCAGAGGGUGGUUUUGGUGCUUUUUUUGUUGGUUUUUUUAACCUCCAGAAACCAGUAUUGGCAAAACUGCCUCUGCAUUAUGGAUUCAGCUCCCAGAGCUUUAAGCCUUUCAGUGUGAACACUGAUUUUUUUACGAUUUUUUUUUUUACUUGACAGCCAAUCAAGUUUCAAGUGCACUAAUUACUACUACUGAAGCCUGACAAGGAACUUGCGAGUAUCAAAGUCUGUCCCAGUGUUAUAUGUACAGUAAUACCCGAACCAUGUGUCUGUGCUCUGAAAUCACACUGACUUUAGCAUUUGCUAAUGUAUUUUUUUAAUGGGAACUCUCAUCUACUCUAGCAGUUUUCACCAGAUAAGGAAACUGAUUGCCAAGCUGUGCAUUUUUACCUGACACAAUUUAUCAAGCUGCAUGAUGGUCUUUGAUGUACAUACCGAACUGAUAAAUAAAUUCCAGUUCAUUGGCUUUUUC